AUGAAAGUUGAGCUUCGAGAAGCGGAACGACUAGCCUGCGAUGUUCUUCGUUCGAUAGGCUACAGCGAGGAUGCCUCCAACCGUAUCACAAAGCACAUCCUUGACAGUCAGCUCCGUGGCUACUCAGCCGCAGGAUUUGCCCGCCUUCUAGCCAUUCGAGACCGUCUGAACGGAAAGCCGCCGAAUGAGCAGAUUGAGAUCACCAAUGAGACGCCAGUGCUGGCACAUCUGGACGGGCAUGACACAUUUGGGUACUUGGUCGGCGGACAAGCCAUGGAGAUGGUGAUCAAGAAGGCUAAGCAGCUGGGCAUCGCGAUUGUCGGAGCUAGCAAUACCUGGACGACGGGGAUGCUUGCUUACUAUGCCGAGAUGGCUGCCAAAGAAGACCUGGUCACUAUCAUUACGGCCAACUCGACUCCCUGGGUUGCUGCUCAUGGUGGCACGAAGGGCUUGAAUGGAACGAACCCCCUGUGUAUCGGCUUUCCGACAAGCAAGACGCCAGUGAUCCUGGACAUCGCGACGUCGAAACUGCUACAUGCCGAUAUCGUUCUGGCGCAGCGCCUCGGGACGGAGCUUCCACCAAACUCUGCCUUCAACGCGAAGGGAGAGCCCACGACUAAUCCAUGGGAGGUAUUUGAAGGUGCAAUAGCUCCCUGGGGAGGCUACAAAGGCUCUGGGAUUGCGUCCAUGGUGCAGCUCUUUGGAGUUCUGGCUGGAUCGCCUGCAUUUCCACCGCCAUUGGGGCAGUUCGGCUUCAAUGUCAUUGCAGUGGAUCCCAGCAAGUUCAGACCGCUUGACGACUAUAAGAGGGAAGUAGAUGCAUACUGCGAGAGACUAAGAGCGAGUCCGCCAGCGGCAGGUGAUGACCCUCUUCGAAUGCCCUUUGAUCGGUCUGCAGAGCUACGAAAGGCGGCUCUCAAAGUUGGAGAAGUCGAGAUUGACGAUUCUAUUUACAGUACAUUAGUAGAGCUGUCGGGCAAAGGUGCGAGAAGCUGA